UCAAAAUUUAAAAAUACAUUUAUUAGCCGAGAUGAAAGAUGGAAAACUUUAACGUAUUACUUUUACUUUUGCUGAUGCCAAUCAUCAGAGGAUGCGUGGAGAAUUGGCCCAAGAACAAUACCUGCUGUCCUAAUUACAGAUUUACUGAAACGGGCUGCAUACCCUGUGAGACCGGUACGUAUGGAGUGAACUGUUCUGAGUCCUGUCCUGAUGGCCAAUACGGAGAUAAAUGUUUUUCUAUUUGUAACUGUACAGAGGGAGAGAUUUGUGAUAAAGGGGUGGGGUGUAUCAAUUCACCAACACCAAGAAAUGGUUUAAUUGUUUGUAAAUGUACAAAUGAAAAGAUCUGUGGUGAAGAGGUGGGGUGUGUGGAAGCUGCAAAUACAACAAAUGGUUCAACGGAUGCCAUUGGUGGGAUAACAAGUUUGUACAACGGGUCCAAAGAGCCAAUCUAUACAACUAAGGCAAAAUUUGAUUCAACGGAAGAUACAGAAGCACACGUUAAUCUGGAUGGUGUCCAAAGCAGUGACGUCAUUAUCAUUGGAAGCUCUCUUGUGUCCCUUUGCAUCAUUUCUGUUAUCAGUUAUUUUUUCUAUUCUAAAAGGACUGUAAAAAGAAAACGAAGGAAGAGGGGCAGACCUUUUCCAGCGCCUGAUGUCAGAAACACCGCAGACCACCUCAAGGGAGACGACUGUGUGUAUAAUAAAAUAGAAUCUAUAUAUGUCGAGGAAUCUCCCCUCCCUCUAACAAUCUCCGAUUCACUCUAUGGUCACAAAGAUGAUCCUGUUUAUCAUACUCUUUCUCUAAGACUAGAUCUAAGGAAUGAAAAGUUUCUAGAUCCGCCAUGUAUCUGUAUUGGACCAAGGAAGCCCCACUCAGUAUCCAAUAUCAAUGUUCAUAGCGCGUACGAGGAGCCCUCUAUUAGCAUACUGAAACGUGCUCACUCGGAGGGAGAGUCAGAUUUCUCAAUGAAAACGAAUGAUGAAGGAAGUAAAGGUGAGAACAUUGUAGAUAUUCCACAGAGGAAAAGAUCUCAGAGACAUCUAAAUCAAGACGUCAAUCCCUUAAUAAGUGAAUGUGCCGUUCAAGAUAGGAACAAUACUAUACCUAAAUCGAGUAGGGAAAUUGAAAUAGCCCCAGCAUACGGUGACAAUCCUUAUUUAGGCGAAAAUGAUAAAAGAAUAUUGAAGAGCAACUUUGACGAGCAGCAGUCUACAUUAAAAAUAAAAGCAGGGGAUUCUGCUUUCGUUCAUCAGAUUGAUCAAGUGGACAUGCCUCCAGAGGAUGCAGACCUAGGAAAUUCCAGGGAGAAUGAGGACUAUAAAAUACAAAUUGCUGACGUCUGUGAACAAGAACAAACUAAUGGAGACCGUUGUCGCUUUAUAGAUAUAGAACGGAACGGAAGCCAAUUGUAUGAAGAUGCAAUGAGUUCUUAUCCAAACAAUUCACAUAUCGGCACAACACUGACUGAUGGGGAUUCCAGUACUGAUAUUAUUGAAUAAUAAAGAUAGAGUUGUAUGGAAGUGUCUGAGAGUGACAAAACGUAACAUUAUUUAUAAGAAAUAAAAAUUUUAGUGAAGAGUGAAAUUGGGCAAAACUUAGGAUUCUAUUUAAGCUGCUAUUGUAAGAAUAUCUGAUUGCAUUCCUUUUUAAAAUGAUUAAACUCAGUUUCAAUAUAAUGUAACAAAUAAAAUUUAUAAGCAUAAUAAAAUUUUAGUCUUGGUCGUAAAUUCUUUUGUAAAUUGGGCCCCGGAGUCCGAUGACUAGGUUUCUUACUUGGACAACUGCUUAUUAUCAUUUUAUAUGGACUUACAUCAAAUAUACAAUAGCACAGGAAUUGUUUUAAAAAAUAUGAAAAACCAUUUAAUAAAAUACAUUAUUUAUAAUAAGUUCUGUUAAAAAAAUUUCUAUGAACAUUUUAGAUCAGAUUAUUGAAAGGAAAUAUAAAAUUCUGAAUAAAAAUAAAUUGAGAUUUAUCACUUGACACUUAGCAUAUAAGGAUCAUAUUAGUAUGUUAUUUUGGGAUCAACAAAUGAACAAGCAAUAUAAUCUAUUUUAAAAAGACGAUCCUUUUUACUAGGAAAUAAAUCUAAAUAGAUUUGUACGAAGUUGUGUAAUUUUUUGACUAAGCAUAAAAAUCUUUAUAACCAAUGACAAUUCAUAAAGGAAAUGAGAAACAAUUUUGCUUUUUUUCCUCUGCGUACCCGGAAAUUUAUCUGACAAUAGAUGGUUUGACUUUAAAACUAGGUCUCAAGAAUGCACGAAGAAGGACAAAAAUUAAUAAACCUACGACUUUGCUAAUAAAUGUGUAUUUUUUCCACUUUUUCACGAGGGCCGACCCUCUGAUGAGAGAGAGUAAAAGUUCUCAUUUUUACAAUUGUAGGUCGCCUUAC